AUGUUCACGUCGGACCUGGAGACGACGCUCAUGCGGGGCUCGCCUCCUCUGCACCGCGCGGCGCGUUGGGGCGACGUCGCCCGCGUCCGCCAGCUCCUCCUUCGCGACGAGGAGGAGUCAUCGCCGAGGAGUCGGCCGCUCGUGGACGAACGGGACGUGAACGGGUCCACGCCCCUGAUGUGGGCGUCGCAGUUCGGCCACGAUGACGUCGUCAAGGUACUCCUGGACGACUUUGGCGCGGACCCAAACCUCAUCAACGCGUUCGGAUGGACCGCCGCGGAGUACGCGUCGACGUCCAGCGCCGCGGGCGAUGUCCUCCCCCUGAUCCUCGCCGCGGGAGCCCCGCGCGACGCGACGCGAGUCGUCCCGAGCGCGAUGCUCGGCGGCGGGCACGGGCGACUCCUGUGCGAUUUUACCCCCAACCGGAUCCCCGCCCCGGUCGGUCCCAAAGGUCCGGCGCGGUGGGCCAACCUUCUAACCGGGCUCCGCCGCCGGUUCGCGCGGAGCGCGUCGCAGAGCGCGAGGGACGCGUGGCGCGCGCCGGCGGUCGUGAAGGUGGGCGGCGUCGCCGUCGCGGGAUGCACCUUCAAGCCGCUCGGUUUGUACGCCGGGCAGAGGUACGAGAUCGUUCGGCUGUUCCUCCGAGACGGCGUGACCGGCGAGGAGGUGGACGUCGAGCAAGUCUCAUCACACACAUCGUCCCCGCUCGGAUUCGAACCCGGGACGUCCCACGCCCCCACCGACUCGACCAGCUGGGAGCUGUGCGCGACGGUGAGGAACCCGACGUGGACGCCGUGGGGCGUCAGCGAGGUUGGCGUGGAGGUAGCGGAGCUCAGGUCCGUUCGAGACGAGCUCGCGUGGGCGUCGCGUGUCGCGGCGGGCGCGGGCGCGUUUUGGCUCUCAGUCGCGUUUAUGUGUUCCAACGACCUCGUGUCGCUGACGUCGAUCCCGUCCGAGUCGAUGGCGCCCGGGGUGCGUCGCGGCGAUCUCAUGCUCGUGGACCGUAGACGUCCUCCCGUGAGCCGAGCCGAGAGUUCGGACGGUACGUCAAUUAACCGAGGUACGGUAGGCGGGUUCGGCGUCGGGGACGUCGUGCUGUUCGAGCCCCCGCCCGCGCUGCGCGAGAUCGCGACACGAAACGGCACGCCGCUUCGUUCCGGGGAGUACUUCGUCAAGAGGAUCGUCGCGGUGGGCGGGGACGAGGUGGAGGUGGUGGACGGCGUCUUGUUCCGAAACGGGCGACGGGAGGCGUCUUAUCCGACGGGGACGCCCGUGGGCGUCGGACGAAACGGCCCAACGUCGGACGAAACGCACGACGGAGGUACCUGCGACGCGUGCAAGUUUGGACGGUACGAUUUAUCGCUGCGGCGCGUACCCGCCGGGUCGUUCCUGGUGUUGGGGGACAACCGGGGCGGGUCGAACGACGGCCACGUGUGGGGGUACCUGCCGGAGAAAAACGUGCUGGGGAAAAUCUCGUUCAGGGUGGCGCCUCUGAACCGCGCGGGGUUCCUUCGCGAGGCGCCCGUCGGGGAGGAGCGAGACGGCGAGUGAUGA